CCGGCGAGGACGCAGGACUGAGCAGAUGCGUGACGCUGGAGCGGGGGCCUGCUGGCUCCCCGGGCUAAGAUGUUACACUUACACACCUUAUAACACUAGAUACACUCGCUCAAAUUACCUGCUGGAGUCCAGUGUGGGCAGCCCGGAGGAGGACCGCUUGUAAUAACACCGCCGGCAGCGUGCCACCCAUAAUUUCGUUGAUUCCCGAGAUGUGUGUUUGUGUGGCGGUCGACGCGUCGCGCCCUCCCGGCCCAUAUCCAAGAUGGCGGCGCGGCCCGUAUUGGCUGGCUUCACCGCCUAGUUCUGCGAUUGGUCCACAGAUGGCGAUAGUGUUUUGAGUGUAGUCGCGCUCUCCCUCCCGGCCUUAUCGCGCUAAUAAUGAAGGUCCGACCAAGGCGAGCGCUUAUUGGUUCUCCGGGCUCCCUUACCUACUGAUUGGGCAGACUUGUUUACCGCUCGGGGUUCUCGUGCCUGGUGUCUAAUUCAGAAAAGGAUUCAUUUGCCAUCACAGGUAGUCGAGGCUGGUGUGUACACAGUUGUUACUAAGUAGUUACCACUGGGAAGAAUUAUGUGAACAAUGAGUUCAAAUUAUAUUGAUAGUAUUCUGCCCAAGUACCAGGCGGAGUCGGCCGCGGCUAACCUGGUAAACUACAAUACGCAAGCUAGAAGUAUGUAUCCGUACGUGAGUGUCACUUCACAUCAGCUGUCCUCCACCCCCGCCACCAACAUGUCGCCCUUCACUGCAAUGACAGCCAACACAGACGGGGACAAGCAAUGCCGCUACUCCCAGACUGGAGCCACGGAUAUGUCCCAAUACGGCCUAAACCUGCAGAACUGUGCCACCACCAGCAACAUGGCCCAGUACUUCCACCAGAACAACGUCACUAACCCACUGAACUCCUGUAGUCAGCCAACCCCGACGCCGCAUAUUCCUGACAUCCCACGGUACCCAUGGAUGUCUAUCACAGAAAACCAAUGGCGGGGUCUGACAGCCAAUUGGAACGGCCUGCCAUGGACGGCGAUGAUAGACACGAUUAAUUCGUUGGCAUCAGGUCCAAACGGCUGCCCCCGUCGGCGAGGGAGGCAGACAUACACGCGUUUCCAAACCCUGGAGCUGGAGAAGGAGUUCCACUUCAACCAUUACCUUACACGACGACGAAGGAUAGAGAUCGCCCACGCCCUAUGCUUAACAGAGAGACAGGUGAAAAUCUGGUUCCAAAACCGGCGCAUGAAGCUGAAGAAGGAGCUCCGAGCGGUGAAGGAAAUCAACGAACAGGUGCGACGGGAACGAGAAGAGCAGGAUAAGCUCAAGCAGCAACAAGACGACAAAAAGGCAAACAAGGAACAACAGCCGUCAACAGCUAACGGCCAGCCUGCCUCAGCCACCAACGGCACCUCUUCAUCGUCAGCGGGAGGUGGCACUGGGGACACCAAGGCUGCAACUUAACGCCAAGGUACUUGUUCCCCUCAAGGGCGUGCUGCUGCUGAUACUGCUGCUGCAUAUGUAAGCAAAUAUCCUCACUUCUCGGCUACCAGAACCAAUGAUAUGCACGCCCAACCAACCACUUUCACGUCCACACCUUCAGCAGAAGCUCCGCCCCCCGACCCCGACCCUCAGCCACGUCCUCACUCUGGAGGGCUCUCCGAGGAGACCUUGUUUACCCUACUUCAGCAUCACUUCAAUGCUUAAGACCAACCUACGAGUCUUACUGCUUUAUGAUUCUUAGUGAUGGUGAAAAUUUGAUACCAAAAGAAAAUUUGCAUUGGCUAAGAAUGUCAAAUUAUAGAUUGCAAACAAAAAUAAUGUCCUGGCGAAAAGUUACUACACUGAAAAAUAUGUGCAAGCGUUUGCUCGUGUGGGUAAUUUGGCGCCAGGAGGUGCUGCUCGGCCUAGAAGGCUGUGUGUUGAGGUGCGGGGCGUGGACACUACCAGCGGGCACUUCAGGAGAUGAACCAGCAAGUGUCUCUGUACUUGUAACAUCCAGGAGCUGGCAAGCUUCACCACCAACCUCUACUGUAACAGUGAACGCAGAAAAUCCAUUAUCAUUAACCAGCCCAUACAACACUUGAACCAACAACGACUAAGCAAACGCAAAACAAGAACCAUAUCCAGUUAGUGCAAAGUACGAGAAAACAUCUUAGGUCUCGUGAAACAGUUUCCCGAUGCUAGGCCAACACCCCGGUGCUGGUGUUCAGAAGGACGCAAGACAUGCCUAAAGACUUUUCCUCCCCUCCAGAACUUGACCCCGAGAAACUUCCUCACGCGCCAACUCACCACCCGGGCCUCACCACACACUUCCUCGCUCAGGGCUUGAGGGGUGUUGCAGACGAGUGGCGAAAUAAACAAAGCUCAACGGAGACACCGCCCACCGUAAAUUUUAUAACCCCCGCCCCCAUGACCUCUUAUGCGUGAAUGACAAAGGCGAAUCCCCUGCAACUCUGACCACUAGAUAGUAUUGUCAAAAAUCUAUACUGAGGAUGCAUCAUGUCAGCACCCCUAAAGCACCUGCCCAAGGAAACCCAAACUAACCUGACGAGGGUAGUGGGGUAUUCGCAUUGUCGAGUGUACGAGUCUGGUGGAUGUUAUGGAUCGACCCGGCCCGUCUUACUGUACGCACGGCGGACGAGACAGCAGUGAUCUUAUACAGUAGUUUUAAAAGAGAUAAUGUAGGACAUGAGUCACGACUUCGAGAGAACACUGAUAUGCCUUCUUAUUGUUUCCUUCUUAGAAUAUUCCACGUUAACUAAAUGUUACUUUAUCGGAAUGUAUUUUUUUUCUUUUUUUGUAAAUUAGAUAUUAACCAAUGAUUCCAGCUUUAAGUUCUUGCAAAGGUUAAACGCUGUAGUUUUUUUUCGACUUGUUUGACGGAUAUGGAAGAUGGUAGUGCAGUGACUGAGUGUUGUUACAUUGUGAAUGAAUUAUAUUUAUUUCUAUUAAUUGUUAUGUUUGUCUCGAGAUUUGAUAUAGGGAUGUCUGCCAUGGCGGGUGUAACCGGAAGGAGUACAUGUAGCCUUGUUCGUUGAGUGCAUGUGCUCCAGAACGACCAUGGCGAAGUACAAAGAAGGAGAACUGUAAUGAAACUCUCUGCACUCCUCAGUGUUGCUCACUAUACUAACAUUGUUCCUGUUCGGUAUUGCAUUGGCAUGACUGGAAAGCACUGACGUCACAGGUGAAGCAGAGAGUUUCAAGGUGCGACAACAGAGUGAGGAAGAAUUAGUGCAAUAGCCGAUAUGCUAAAUUAGAGCUUUAAAGGUGGAUAAAUAUUAUUUUGAAAACUAUCAAUUUCUAGGUUUAGGGAAAUUAUAAGAGUGGAUUAAUUACUGAUCCAUUCUUUGACACCUCUCUCCUCCGAAUUAUUUUAAUAGUAAUAAUGUGUGUAUGCAUAAUAGCUGUUUACCGAGGCCAAGGAGUGUGCAUGAUUACUGUGACACGAGGCGGAGGGAGACUCGUUGCGAGGCCUUACUGGAGGUCAGAAGGAGGUCACGGGCAUUCUCGUAGCCUCACUGUGCCCUAGUAAGGUCAUGCCUCGUUCUCCUCCCUUCCCCCCCUCCAGGUGUCAACAUGAGGCCAGGGUGUUUAGUGUGUAAGUUGUUGGCCACGCCCUUCCCUGCCUUUCUGAUGUCAAGAAAACACACAAACACAGAAUAAAAAAAAAAACUCUUAAAUGUAUUGGCAAGAAAGAGAAAUUCGAUGGUAAAAGCAAGACACUUCAGAAAGUCAGGGGACUCAGCAGGCUUAGUGACUUGAUAAUGGGUUAGGAUCUCAAGAGGGUAACAUUGGACAUGGCUUCAUUGGAGGUUUUUCAUCGGAUUUUAAUUUUAUUUCGUAUACAUAAGGGUAAUUCUUAUAUGUAUAUUUUCUUUUAGUGUUUAGUCUUCGCAACAUACAACGAAGAAAU